GCUAUUAUGUUCGUUGUACCGGAACGUGCAGAUCCUGGCCAUCUAGACGAAUGCAAAACACUUCAAAAUAGUUUGAUAAAGGAAAUACAUGUUGCCUUCCAAAGAAGAUGGAGACUAAUUGGACAUACUUUAAGACACGAGGAGCAACUACACCACAGAAUAUUGGAAGGACAAAUAGAAGCCAAGAUAGGCAGAGGACGUCCUAGAACAACGCGAAUCAAAAAAGUUAUUAAAGAUGCCGGACUGAGAACCUACAGGGAACUGAAGAGAACGGCCACUAACAGAGAAGAGUGGAGGGAGUAUGGAAGAAUGCUGUAUAAACCCCAACCUUAAGGGUUGGUUACUUAAAAUAGAAAUAAAAAUUUUAAAAACAAUGUUCUAUAUUAAAAUUACAAAUAAAAUAUAAUAUAUGAUGGUUUUUGAAUACUUUUAUGUUAAUAUUGUUAAGUUUUUUCUUGAUUGUUAUAAAUAAUAUUAUAAUGGCUAUGUCUGAGUUAUCUAUCUUUAAUAUAUAUAUAUAAGCUAAGUAGUUCUGCCUGAUUCAUAAUCAACGCACAGCCUAAACUAUGAUAGCUAUCGACUUGAAAUUUUCAGGGUGUGUUUAUAUCAUAGUCUUGGCGUGCACUAAGAAAGAAUUUUGAUUUCUGGAUUACUUUUUUUUUUUA